GCUGCCAGGAAAGCUAUGUUAUAGUGUGGACGACACGAGCCGCCUGGAGCGCCCCUUGAUUACUUUUCCGGAGCGCCGAUUGUUCAGCUAGGCGGCGGCGGCGGCGCGGCCGGCGGGUGAGGUGAGGGGGGGACAUGGAGGACGAGGUGACGUUCAUGUUCCAGCUGGGCGUCGUGCGGGACGCCGUGCAGGCGCCCGCGCACCUGCUCACGCUCGCGCACCUCAAGGACCUCGCCGUCAAGUUCGUGCACGACAAGAUCCCGGACAACGGCCUGAGCCGGCUAUCCGAGCGCAUCCUACUGUUCCGGCACGACUAUUGCUCCCCCAACGUUUUACAACUCGUCAAUUCUGGCACUGACGUCACGGACGAAACCCUCGUCGAGAUCGUGCUCACCGCCAACCCUCUGAUCUGCGAUGGCGGGCUGGAGGCUGCGCCGGCGCCACGACCUCACGCUCUAGCCGUGCACUCGUACAAGGCGCCCACUUUUUGCGAUUUCUGCGGGGAGAUGCUCUUCGGUCUCGUGCGACAGGGACUCAAAUGCGAAGGGUGCGGUCUGAACUACCACAAACGCUGCGCCGUUAAGGUCCCGUCCAACUGCACGGCGCCCGCGCUGCUGACGUCGACGCGGCGCACGUCGGGCGCCCCGCGCAGCCCGUCGCGCGGCUCGACGCACUCGCACGCGUCGCACGACGACUCGCUGCGCAGCCGCUCGCCGUCGCGCGCCGGCUCCGUGUCGGGCUGGCCCGGCGCCGCGCUGGGCAUCCCGCACACCUUCGAGGUGCACUCGUACACGCGCCUCACCGUCUGCCGCCACUGCAAGAAGCUGCUGCGCGGGCUCUUCAAGCAGGGGCUGCAGUGCCGCGACUGCCACUACAACGCGCACCGCAAGUGCCUGCCCUUCGUGCCCAAGGACUGCGGCGGCGAAGUCAGGGACAACCAUGGCGAGUACCACGACAACAGCAGCAUCUCGGGCAGCGAGUUGUCGGAGACCGCGCGCCUGCCUGACGACGAGUCGGACGACGGCGGGCCCGAGGGCGCGGAGAACGGCAGCCUCAACGACGAACAGGAGGUGCAGCUGCGCCGGCGCCGCGACGACGACUCGGACGAGCCGCAGCGCGACACGCUGCCCGAGCGGUCGGCCAGUCGCCCCAGCAGCUCGUCGUCGUCGCCCAGCGCCAACAUCCCGCUGAUGCGCAUCGUGCAGUCCGUGAGGCACACCAAGAAGCGCGAGGGGCAGUGGCUCAAGGAGGGCUGGCUCGUGCACUUCACCAACAAGGACAAAACGAUAAAACGGCACUACUGGCGCCUGGACAGCAAGUCCAUAACGCUCUUCACGUCCGAGCACGGCUCCAAGUACUACAAGGAGAUCCCCCUGAACGAGAUCCUGGCCGUGGACACCGCGCGGCAGCCGCACUCGGACGUGAUGCACUGCUUCGAGGUGCGCACGGCCGACGUGGACUACCUGGUGGGCGUGGACCCGCUGUGCUCGGCGGCCGUGGCGCUGCCGCCGCCCGACUCCGGCGUGGGCGCGUACCUGGCGCGCUCCUGGGAGACGGCCGUGCGCCAGGCGCUCAUGCCCGUCACCGUCACGCACCACGCGGCCGACGGCGGCGCCGCCGCGGACGCCGGCGACGAGGCCGAGGCCGAGGGCGACGGCGCCGGCCGCGCCGCGGAGAUGGCGCAGGUCUACCGGAUCCACCCCGACGAGGUGCUCGGCUCCGGCCAGUUCGGCAUCGUCUACGGCGGGCUGCAUCGCAGGUCGCAGCGGCCCGUGGCCAUCAAAGUGAUAGACAAGCUCCGUUUCCCGACGAAGCAGGAGGCGCAGCUGAAAAAUGAGGUGGCGAUCCUGCAGAACCUGUCGCACCCGGGCGUGGUGAACCUCGAGCGCAUGUUCGAGACGCCGGAGAGGAUCUUCGUCGUCAUGGAGAAGCUCAAGGGGGACAUGCUCGAGAUGAUCCUCUCGCACGAGAAGGGGCGGCUGCCCGAGAGGACUACGAAGUUUCUUGUCGCCCAGAUCCUAGUAGCCUUAAAACACCUGCACGAAAAGAACAUAGUGCACUGCGACCUGAAGCCGGAGAACGUUCUCCUCUCCUCGGACGAGGAAUUCCCGCAGGUGAAACUGUGCGAUUUCGGGUUCGCGCGCAUCAUCGGGGAGAAGUCCUUCCGCCGCUCCGUCGUUGGCACGCCUGCGUAUUUGGCGCCGGAAGUGCUCCGCAACAAGGGCUACAACCGCUCCCUGGACAUGUGGUCGGUGGGCGUGAUCAUCUACGUGUCGCUGUCGGGCACGUUCCCCUUCAACGAGGACGAGGACAUCUCGGAGCAGAUCCAGAACGCCGCCUUCAUGUACCCGCCGCAGCCGUGGCGCACCAUCUCGGCGGAGGCCAUCGACCUGAUCAACAACCUGCUGCAAGUGAAGCAGCGCAAGCGGCUGUCGGUGGACAAGGCCUUCGGCCACUCGUGGCUGCAGACGCGCGAGGCGUGGCUGGACCUGCGCGCGCUGGAGGCCCGCGUGGGCGCGCGCUACCUCACGCACUGCUCCGACGACGCGCGCUGGGAGCCGCCCGAGGAGCCGCGCCACUGACUCGGGGCCAAACCUACGUUUCCUACAGAUUUGAAAACAACAGUGGCAGCUCAGAAGAAGCGUCUUCGAUUUAAGUGGAGAAAACUGCUCUACAUAUUACAAAUCCUCAACAUCAGAUAAAAUCGGUUAGAGCUCACCUCCGCAACAGCGUAUAUUCUAUUCACGUUAAGAAUGCAGUAGUUUACAAUACAAAGCGUUUAAAGCCGUGUGACUGGUCAAUUUUGAAUUUUGUUGCUGCAUUUUACGUGAUAAUAAAGUGUGAUUGGUCAGUUAAUGUUUGCUACUGCACUUUUAACGCAAAUAAGCGAGUAGACAGCUCCUCCAAUGUCGAGACAUUUUGUAUACCCAUGCAUAACAUAUUGAAAAGCAAAGUACAUAAAUUUAUGUUUAUAUUGAUUAUUAUUUUAUUGAGUUAUAUUUUCAUUAAAGAGAUUUGUUUUGUUAUACUCGCAACAAAAUUUAUCCAAAGCGUGACAUGAAUUUAAUGAUAGAGAUUGAGUUUAUUGUUAAAUUUGCAAUUUAGCUUAACGUGAAAAGUUACCUGGAUUAAGUAACAAUUACAUUUAUUGUGGCGUUUGCUUGAAAAUGAUAUUUUGUCAAUUACUUUUUGAAGUAUUUCACAAAGUGUACACAGUUUAUUCUAAAACCUAUCCUUGGAAAAACUCCAUUAUAAAUAAUCGUGAGCAUUAAUGCGUCGCCAAAAGACAGAUGCAAUAAUUAUAUGCAAAAUAUGUGCGCAUUGACUCACGUAUACGAAACGAGGUUUAUUAGUUUAGGAAACGAGGUUUAUUACUACAGAGGAUCAUUUUCAUGUAUUACGCCACUCUGAUUUCGGUUGUCUAUUGCAUUCCUAAGUUAUGAUCAGACAAACAAAUUAAAUGUGGACCCACAAUAGUCUGAUUUUUUAAUUAGAAAUAGCUAUCUGACAGCCACUAAUGACACUUGUUACCAUCAAACAGAGAAAAGAAACUGUAACCAAACAACAUUUCGUCUACAUUCGGUCUCUACAUACUUACGAGUAUAUUAAAUUUUUUUUGUUACAUUGAUAACAUUAUAAUUUAAUAAUAAUAAAUGAAUACCUACAACUGACUAUUCAAACACAAUAUUACCCUCUUAAAUGAAUCAUUGAAGUCAAAUCUUUUAAGACAACUCUAUCUAUAUAUUUCGUCAAAAACUAGUAUCCCACUAAACGUCAAUGUAUUAUCUCUAAUUAAAUUUUCCAGGCUUACAUUUUCGAGUGUAUUGCUGUGAGAAAUAGCCAGGGUCAAUAUUUAAUUUGUCAGUCUUUAUUCGAUGUUAUAAACACUACGGUUACUUUAAGUAGUUUUAAUCCAAACGAGAUUUUUUUAAUUUAUUACGGGAGUUUAAUUUAGUUUUUAGAUACACGUUGAUUUUUAUUAAUUUGUUGUGAAUGCGUACAUUUAUGAUGUGGUUUAUGUAACUUUAACUUUGUUUUAACUAAUUUUAGAGCAAAUUUUUACUUGGCAUAAUAUCGAAUUAAUGCAGAAAUGUAGAACUUGUUCAAUAGAAUAAGCAAAAUGCGAAUGGUAACAAAUAAUGAUUUUCGAACUAACGUCAUGACGGUGCCGAUUCUGUCAUGCUUUAUCUUAAUCUUAAUUAAAAAUACGGUACAGGGCUAAAAUCAUUUGUAAUAAAAAGAGAUUUGGCACGUCAAAGUAAAUAGAAAAUUUGAAAAGAAAUCCCAAAUCUAGAAACCUCGUACUAUUAAAAAACUCUUUGAGUUAAUAUUUCUCCUUAAUACUUCUUUAACUAAGUCUUUCUAGUCUAAGAACUUUAAACCUCUUCCUAUUUCUUAACUUAAGUAUUCGCUGCUCGACGGAUAAUAACACUUUAAUAAAAUCAUCAUUAAAAAUAAAUAUACAAAAGUUAUUAAGGUUCCUCAACUAAAUGUUUUAAGAAUGAUGAGUUUAUUGUAGACGAUUUUAGAAUUUUUUACAAUUUAAUGUUGUAACUUACCCGCGGAAGUAAAUUUGAAACUUUGCACUUGCUCUGUCUCUUUCAUCACGACGCGAAAGAAAGAGAAGCAGACUAAGUACGCAGACUCAAAUGGACUUGUGCGAGUUAUAAGAGUCGUCUAGCGCCUCUUAAUUAACGGCCUAAAUAGUCUUAAAAUUGUUAUUUAAAUUUUUUGCACCACUGUGGAUUGUGCGUAAGGAGUACAAUUAAUAAACGUUAUGAUCUAGAUAAUAACUUGAAUAAUCCACCAUGGUUAGUACCACCAACGACAUUUUAAACGUGGUAAGUGUGUACGUCCAUUUAAACACCAAGUAAAGAGCUGUAUUCACGAUCCUGCGUUACGAAUUGCAUGCAGAAGGACUUGCUUGAAAUUUUGAGCUCGCCUUGCUGAAUUGUGUAUUAUAAAUAAUCCCUGUUUAAACGGAACAGUUGGUGGUAUUUUGCAGUGGAACUUCAAAUAGGAUUUAUAGUUACGGUGCAUCUGUUUAGAAGGAAUCGAUUGCGAUUAUUAGAAUUCAUUUUUAUCUUGAGUUAGAAAUUUGACGAACAAAAGGGAAAAAACAAUUUAAUCUUUAUGGAAACUGAAGUUCCCAUGACCAAUGAGAGAAUUUGGUAAUUUGGAUAGAAAUGUAUUGUCUAAUAUUUAUUAAGUAAUUAUUGGUAUGCGUACAAUUUAUUGCAUAAUAACGAAUUGUAAUGUUAAGCCAGGCCAAGCAUUUUAUAAGUUACAAAAACCGUUUGUGCAAACAAACUAAAUAUUUGUCAUAUUUUUCAUCAAAGUUAAUAUUUUGCACAAGUUAAAAUUUUAAAAAUCAUGAGAAUAAUUGAAGUGAAAUUUAUUACUGAUUUUUAUAUUUUUUCGAAUUUACGUAAGGAUUUUCAACGAACUUUUACACCGAGAUGAGAUGGCUGUCUUUACGUCAAAUACACCUUUUGGUGUUAUAUAGGCUUAGCAUCAGAAUGAUAAGGUUUGAAUUAUCGAUAUAAGUAUCAACUUCACUGUCCCACAUGUUGACCGACGACCAAAAUACUUCUGUCGAUCGAUUUCCAACUCACCUAAAGUUGACCAUUUUUACUUUAGUUUUAUUUUUCUUUAGCGCAAAAGCUAAGACAAAACAAUCCGAUGAAAUUCGUAGCGAACGAAUUCAUCACCUGUUUCAGAUGUUUGUUAUAGAUGAAUCGACGGUCAAGACAUUCUGUCGGACAACAUGCCAUUGACUGAAUAGCUGCCCUUAUUGGGAAACUGAAGAGUAUAGGGACCCAACAUAGAAAGUGUAUACGCUGGCCUCAAUGUAUCGUAUUAUUUAUAUUGUUGACACGUAUGUAAUGUAACAGUAUGUAUUUCAUAUUCUUAGUACUAUCGCAAAUAGUUUUACUGUUCAUUCCAUAUACUUACUGUUUACAUCUGUGAUUUUUUAAAUUGUUUUUUUUAUUACCAAGUAGCGCAAUGCAAGCUUCCAUUUUCUGUGAUCUCUGACUUUUCGAGCUAUAUCGCAUUUUAAUUAUUAUUUAUUAAACGGGGUUAGAUUUUUUUAAUGCCUACCUAUACAAGAUUAAUGUAAGUAAGUGUUACUGUAAAUAUUUAAAGUAACGUAUAUUAAUAUGUCAAUUUUAUCUUGUCCGUUUAGCUAUAGGGGUACAUCACCACACAUUUUUAGACGACUUGUGGUUCAUUUUUAUAUACAUUAUGUCGAUUAGCCUUUUUGCUGAGCGAAGUGUAAUUAUUGACACUUCUGUCUUCCUUUCCAUUAAUUUAACAAUGAACACCGCAGCUACUGUUAGGCUCUUUCACUAUGAAUUAACCUUAAUUAAUAAAAACGAACCAUGAAAUAAUGUUAUUUUAAAAAAACCUUCAAAAUAAAAGACUACACGAUGCAGCUUCAUAAUAAAAAGACGACGAUUACUCUAGCUAUAUUAUUUUAGUCUUACGUUGACGAUUCUAAUGCAAGUUUUACCUAAAACUAAGUUGAUUACGAAAACUAGUGACCACACCGCCGCACAAAAGUACCAAGGAACACCCAACCGAUCGAGCCAAUAAAGUUAAGUGGGAAUAGCCUUUAUUGCUCAUGCUGACAUUAAAUUAAAACAGACGAAAAUACAAAAGCAUGUACAGUAAUCGUCGAGCAAUUUCGACCUGGCAUACUAUAUCGCAGUUUCAUCAUACAAAAGUGUGUCUUCCCAAAGAAACCAAUAUAAUAUUUUAUAGCAAAAUUUUCACUACAACUUAACAAGUUGCUUUUAAAGACAACACUGACUCUUAUAAGCUUCUGUUGUCAGUAUAAGUUCGCAAAAUACCGAAAGCCAAAUGCAAGUUGUGCCAAUUUAAUAAUAUAGUAUUUCCUGCGAUGUUGGUGCGACCCGCACGAUCCCUGUUCUUGCUCUGCCCCUCUAUAUGAAACAUGCAAUAGAAUCUGCAACAAUUGGACGUAGUUAAGCAAAAAGAAUGAAAUCCAUAAAAUUAUCAAAAAAUGAGGUAUGUGUACCAAACGGUUCCUAAAGUCUAACUUGUUAGAUCAGCAAGAAAAAUCCAACAUAUAAACAUCAAUAAUUAUCUCUGGAGUUACAUGACAUUAUAAGUUUUGAAAAUAAAACAAGAGUGAGAAACAUUUUUAAACUUCAAACUGCCGUGUCUCGAAAGUGAGUGUAUGUGGAUUGGAUCCUUUUUGUUGAACUACGUCCAAUUCGCUUUUGUACAUUUAGUGACUUAGUAUUAUUUCCGCCAACGCUUCCUAAAUUAUUUUGGAUUUUUUUCCAAAUUAAAAUACAGACUAAGUGCAUAAUAUUUGGACCAACCCCCCAAGUGUAAUCUUAGCGAUAGAUAUUU